UCUCUCUCACACAACUCAGUCCCUCUUCGACGUUUUAUUGAAUCCGCAUUUUGAAGUAAAUGAAAGACUUCUCUGCGAACGUUACUCUUCUUCAUAUGUGAAGCAUUGCUCCAUUUUUUAGGUAGUUCAUAGAGAGAGAGAGAGAGAGAGAGAGAGAGAGAGCUCUUCUUUUACAUUGUUUUCGAACCCGUCCCUGAUUCUUUCGGCGCAAGUUUGCUCCAUAGUCAAACUCUGACAAUGUCUAUGGCGAGUUUGUAUCGGCGGUCUCUUUCCCCUCCGGCGAUAGAUUUCGCUUCUUUUGAAGGAAAGCAAAUCUUCAAUGAAGCGCUUCAGAAAGGCACUAUGGAAGGAUUUUUCGGGCUGAUUUCUUAUUUUCAGACACAGUCUGAGCCAGCUUUUUGUGGCUUAGCUAGUCUUUCGAUGGUUUUGAAUUCUCUUUCUAUUGACCCGGGAAGAAAGUGGAAAGGUAUACAUACCUCUACUGGAGAGUACAUUUGUUGGUGGGUUUUUGAAUUUUUUUGGUUUCUCUCAGGGCCUUGGAGGUGGUUUGAUGAAUCAAUGCUGGAAUGUUGCGAGCCGCUUGAAAUAGUGAAGGAUAAAGGCAUUUCAUUUGGAAAAGUGGUCUGUUUAGCUCAUUCUUCAGGAGCAAAAGUCGAAGCUUUCCGCACAAAUCAGAGCACCAUUGAUGAUUUCCGCAAAUAUGUGGUCAAAUGUUCAACUUCUGAUAAUUGUCAUAUGAUCUCAACAUAUCAUAGGCAAGUACUCAAGCAGACUGGAACUGGCCACUUUUCACCUAUUGGUGGUUAUAAUGCUGAAAGAGAUAUGGCUUUGAUUCUUGAUGUCGCUCGUUUCAAGUAUCCUCCUCACUGGGUUCCUCUUAAACUUCUUUGGGAUGCCAUGGAUAGUAUUGAUCAGUCAACAGGGAGACGUAGAGGGUUCAUGCUUAUAUCAAGACCCCACAGAGAACCAGGAUUGCUCUAUACAUUAAGUUGUAAGGAUGAGAGCUGGAUCAGCAUUGCAAAGUAUUUGAAGGAAGAUGUUCCUCGUCUUGUAAGCUCACAACAUGUUGAUACUAUUGAAAGAAUCUUAUAUGUUGUAUUCAAGUCACUUCCAGCAAAUUUCAACCAAUUUAUCAAAUGGAUGGCUGAGAUUCGAAGAACAGAGGAUGUAAAUCAAAAUCUUAGCUCAGAAGAGAAAUCAAGGCUCAAAUUAAAGCAAGAGUUACUGAAACAAGUGCAAGAAACUAAACUGUUCAAGCAUGUGGAUAAGUUUCUCUCCUCUGUGUACGAAGACAAUCUGCCAUAUGUUGCUGCUAAGGUUUAUUGUGACGGAGAUGAAAUCUUAUCGGGAUAUGAAUCAGAUGAAUCCUGUUGUAAGGAAACUUGUGUCAAAUGUAUCAAAGGUCUUGGUGAGGAGAAAGUGACAGUGGUAGCUUACCCAUCCGGGAACGAUGUGUUCACUGCUCUUCUGUUGGCUUUACCUCCACAGACGUGGUCAGGUAUCAAAGACCAGUCACUUUUGCAAGAAAUGAAACAGCUCAUUUCCAUGGUUAGCCACCCGACUUUGCUUCAACAAGAGGUUUUGCAUCUACGACGCCAACUUGAGAUGCUAAAACGAUGCCAGGAGAAUAAAGAAGACGAAGAACUCUCUGCUCCUGCCUAA